CUAAAAUAAGCGCCGGCAUAAGCGCACCUGAACAGAGGCCUACUCCCUGAAUGGCAUGACCUUCAACCAAAACAUACUUCAAGACUGAAACCUUUCACUCCAAUUUACCUGACCUUGACCUUGUCGCAUUCAAUUCAAAAACCAAGAAGCAUCAAGUCGCGUGUGGAAGAUGACCUCAUCUGGAGAUUCCAACUCCACCAUCAGCAGGCACAGUAGACAGAGCUCCGCGCUUAUUAUGUAAGACAAGCUCGGUAGCUCGGUUCCCUGCUGCUGCGUUUGACUGGCCGCCCGGCAGCUGGCCGGCAACCACCGGCCCAAUCACCGGGACUGGCUUCCGACAAUCGCAGUGGUACUCCGUCCCGUCUCUUUAUCGGUAGGUAGCGUCAUUCGAUUUAUCUCUGGGUUCUCGACAACCUCACUCACCCUUCGCUUCAUUCCAGCUGUACAACUCAAAAUGGCCUCCAUUGCCCGGUGCCUAAGGGCUGCCCGCCCAUCAGCCUUCGCUGUCGUGAGGAGCUCUGCUUCCCGCACCGUUGCUGCCCGCCCAUUUUCCGUCACCGCAUCCAACGAGAUCAGGAAAUACACCAAGGAGCACGAAUGGAUUGACCUCGCCGCCGACAAGAAGACCGGCGUCAUCGGCAUCAGCGAGUACGCCGCCAAGGCCCUCGGUGACCUCGUCUACGUCGAGCUCCCAGAGGAGGGCCGGACCGUCAACAAGGGCGACGCUAUCGGUGCCGUCGAGUCGGUCAAGAGUGCCGCCGACAUCAACGCCCCCGUGAGCUGCAAGAUCACCCAGAUCAACCUCGUGCUCGAGGAGAAGCCUGGCAACCUCAACCAGGUCCCUGAGGAUGACUCCCACGGCGGCGGCUGGAUCGCCAAGGUCCAGGUUGACGAGCAGGGCCUCCAGGACUUUGAGACCCUGAUGGACUCUGAGCAGUACAACGAGUUUACUGCCAACGAGGACCACUAAGCAGAGACAUGGCCUGAAGAAGGGGAGAGAGAGACGCUGAGAGGGGCGGCAGGCCUGGCAGCGAGGAGCUCUCAGGGGUGUACGGUAAAUUGGUUUUUUUUUCAAAUUCCGGACAGUUCAACCUGAUAGAUACACAAGGGGCCCAAAGAAAGGAUCUGUACCAUACGGGACAUGGGAAAUACCGGGGCAAAAGGGUGUUUUGAUUUUCAUGGGUGCGCAUCUCGACUUUGAUGACAAGAGGAUUCACGACAGAGAAGAGUCAGCAUUGCAAUGGCGCAAACAUUGUGCCAUUUCAGAUACCCGUCGAGGGCCGGGCAGAGAGCACUCAACGGCUGAUGAUAGAAACCAAGCAUGAUCCGACAGUUG